UAUCUUGUAAUUAUGAUUGUAUACUUCCAUAAAAAAAUAUCUUAUCGUAUUACACGCGAAGUCAUUUAAAGAAUUCUUAAAAAAAGAGUAACAUUUGAAUAUUCAUUGUAACUACACGAACGUUAAACGUGUAUACGCAUGUAGCGAAUAUUCACUAUUGCUUUAUGGUGAAUAGAAUACGUAUCGUAAAGACUGUUGUUACUUGUUACUGCUGUGGCAAAAAAAAAGUUAUUUGAAAGUACUUAAAAGAUCAACCGAAUUUCAACUAAAAGAAGAAAAAAGAAACGAUAUCGAGAUGCAAAAUAUCAGCUAACAUGAGAAAUAUAUAAUCUUGUUUGAGAAUUCAAAAGCGUUUAUGUUGUCGAAGCAUUCACGGCUUUCUAGGGGUCAAUGAGCUUUUGUGUUGUUACCAGUUGUUACUUGACUUGAGAUCUUCACGGACCGUGUAAAUUCUUCCGUCGGUACAUGCUCAAGUACGUUUUUGCACGUCAUAAACGUCGCUUUGUAUGAUUGUAUUUCAAAUUGUUCCCCUCUCGAUUGACAAAAGAACUGUGAAUUAAGAAAUGGCUGUACAGUUGGAUCCAAACGAUCCUGAGAUACGACUAGCACAGUUUCUUUAUGUUGGGAAAGAAUAUCCGGAUUAUCAACCUGGAAACUGGUUUGUUCACAAUUACUUUUUGGCUAGAAAUGUUCCGUCUAUAGAAGAAUUAGCCGAAAAUACAGAGAAACAGUUAUUACCAGUUCAAAUAAUCACGAAGGCAUUUGAAAGUAACAUUGUUCCAAAUCCAGAAACGUUAGUAUUUGCUCUUGCUGUUUGCUGUAGGCAAAUGAAAAGCGAAGGUUUACGACAUGCAGCAUACGCAGCUGUAGAUAAAAUCUGUUCAUCGCCGCAACAUUUUAUUUUGUUCAUAAAAUUUGCUUCCCAAAUAAGUAAACAAAAGGAACUCGAUGCAGCUGGUAGUACGAAACAUGGAUGGGGCCAAGGCUUAAGAAAAGCUGUAAAUAAUUGGUAUUUAUCGAAAACUCCAAUGGAAUUAGCAAAAUGUGUGACAAGGUACAAAGGCAGAUAUGGAUGGAAACAUAAAGAUAUUAUAAAAUUGUCGCAUCCUGUACCCAAUAAUCCUGCGAUAGAAGUGGUCCUCAAGUAUGUAGUACGUGGUGUGGAUGAGAUAAAAAAAACUUACAGAGAAGAUUCCAGAUUUACAGAAAUAGUAGAAUACAUUGAACACGUCGAAGAUUUUAAACACUGUAGAGACGAAAUUCAAGCGGCAGGUCUUUUGGAAAUAUAUAAAUUAACGUUAGAUCAUGUACCUGGACAUUUGUUAAAGUCUAAAGAGGUCUGGAACGCAUUGAUACCGUCGAUGAAUUUAGUUACACUUUUAAACAAUUUGCAAAGAAUUCAUAAUCUCCAGUUAUUGAAACCGAAUGCUUUAACAGUUUCUAAAAUAGUAGAUCAAAUCACUAACGAAGAAUACAUUACUAGAGAUAAGGUUCACCCAGCUUUAGUUUUAAUAACGAUAAGGGAUUACGAAAACUCUGGAAAGCCAUUGUCAUACGAAAAACGAAAAAUCAAAGAACAAAUCGAUAAACCUUCGCCAACUCCAACUAAACCGAAUUCUAAAAUCAUUGAUGCUCUUUAUAAAAUGUUAAAUCUUUCGUUUCAUCACAUUCAACCGACUGGGUUACGGUACAUGGUAACAAUCAAUAUGAAUAAAGUGAUGUUAGAAAGACAUACUUGGCGCAGUAGUAAUGUGAACGGUGCGGAAGCAGGAUGCAUGAUCGCAGUUGCACUUCUUCGCAGUGAGAAGAAUGUCACCGUUGCGACGUUUAAAAACGUUGGAAUUCAUACCGUCAACAUUGAUAAGACAGCUUCUUUUGGCCAGGCUAUGAGACGAUUACAGCAGAUGCCUGUUGGAAAUGUCAAUUUGGGUAAACCAAUGUCGUGGGCUGCUUAUCAGAAUAAUAAAUACGACGUAUUUAUUAACGUUGUAGAUCAAAUAUUAGAAAAAGCUGAUAGUUCCGAAGAAGCCCUUCAAGCAUACAGGACAAAACUGAAACUUCCAAAUACAAAAUUAAUAAACUGUGCUGUAUGUUUUUCUUCAACCUAUCGCAAAGAAAAACGUGACAAUGGUAUUUUAACUAUUAAUGGUUUCGACGCUAGUGUUCCCAUAGUUAUACAGGCGUUUGCAAAGUCUCUGUUUUAAUCAUCGCACGCAUACAAAUUCUUUCUUUGGUAAGCAACACUAGCUAAUCAGUUAUGAUGCUUUUAGAAUGACAGUAACUUAAUUAUUAAAUCAUUUUUAUAACAUCGUCAAUUAAGAAACACUUCAAAACACUUAGAUUAUCGCAAUCAGACUUUUAAAGAAUACCUUAGUAUUUUCGUAAGAAUGUUGUUCGUCUGAUACAUAUAUAGUAGUCAGAGCAUGCAAUAGUUAUACAAAGUACUACAGAGUACUUUCAAAUUAGGAUUAACAUCCCAUCCGAUACAAACUUUUCGUGCAUUUAGAAUUAUUAUACAUCCAUUGAAAUUCCAUUAUUAAAACAAAGGGGAUUAUCGUUAAACGGUAGAUGCGAGUAUUCGAAUAAUUGAACAAAAUUUGUUUAAACAGUGCCGAAAAAAUUGUGUAGCUUAAAAUACUUGAUUUCGUAUUAUUGUUAAUUGACAUUACACGCUCAGUUUUAGUACAAAGUCAUACUCGUAAGAAAUUAUUUACGUUCUCUUUGUUCAUAUUUAAGUUUGGUACAACGAGGAAAAGAAUUUCUCGGCACUUAACAACUAGCUUCAUUACUAACUCUUAACAUUAUAAUUACGUCAUAUAAAUACUAACACGUCAACAUUAUAGGAUACUAUUUACUGCAUGCUUUAACAUUUAGGAUGAGCUGUGUAACAUUCGAUAGUAAUUUUAUUUCUGUUUUGAAGGGUGGUCCAAUGAAUUUUUUGAAUAUUUAUUUAAACGAAUGCCGCGCUAAUCCAAACAAAUCAAUAAUCAUGACGUAAAUGAAUGUGAUACAUCUGUGAUCGAUCAUCGUUUGAUUAGAUAAAUGAAAAUAUUUAAAAUAAUAUGGAUCACUUUGUAUUAUUUGGAAACAAAUGCACGUUUACUAAUUAAUCGCUUUUCAUUUUAUAAAGUCAGUUGCGCAGCUAAACGAAAAAUUAGGAUAAGACUGUAUAUUAGAUACAAGUAAGUGUCUAAAGUAACCUAAGGUGCAUUUUUUUAACUAAUGGUAAAAGAUACUUCUACUUUAACAUUAUUGCCUGCUUAUUUCCACUGGUUGGCGGUAAAGCUUUCUGUAAUAUUUUUAAUAAGAUAUAUAGAUUUAAUAUGAUUUCGUAGACAAUACAUUUCUGGGACUGGUGCGCUUCUGGUGAUUCGAAUAAGAAUUUAAAAAAAAAUAAAUAAAUAAAACGUUGAAAAAUUUCCCACUGUGAUAUGCAUUUAGCCCCAAAGAGUAUAGACUUACAUUAGUAUAAUUUUACUGUUAUAUUUCAUAUUUGCCAUAUCCAAAGUAAAUGCGACAAAUACUAAAUAAACUACUGAUAUAAUACUGUGAUACAAAGUACAUUAUUAUUGUUCAAACUAGGUGAAAUGAUAAGUAAACGUGGCCAGAGGCGCACCAUGUUUCUGCUUCAUUUGUUGAUUAAUAUCUAUAUUUACUAACGCAACGAUUUUUUUCGUUAAAAAAGAAAAAAAAAGCAAAACAAAUACGACAGUAUCCAGAGGUACCUCUAAUUCUUUCUCGAUCCUUGAAUUACCGCCAUUAAAAACCUUUUGGUUUCCAAAGUGAGAAGCAAAGUUCUUCUUAAGAUACGUCGCUAAAAAGUAACAGCGUGGAUGAAUUCUCAGGUCUGACAAACGUUUAAAUUAAGUGCUUAAUAUUCACGUGUUCUUUGUAGCCUGCUCGGUAAUCCAUGGAUCGAUAUCUAUCGUACAGUACACACACACACACACACAUACACACAUACACGCAAGUAUAAAAAUACAACAGCAUUUUCAUUUUACGAACGAAGAGGAAAGAACACAAAUUACGUGUAGUACGGAAAAUAUUAAGCGUUACGUAUUGGCGCGUUACUAAAAAUAUAUAUACUUAUAAUCAAUGGAAGCGAAUCUCUUAGAACAUACUAUAAUAGUAUAAAAUUUAGAACGUACCUUCUUAGGAAGGAAAUAUUAUAUACCCUUAUUUGUUUUAUUUUGUAAUCAUUAACUUUAUUUGCGCGACACGUUGUACGGAAUUCGACGAAAGUCAUCGAAACUAAUAGUAUUUUUUUAGAGGAACAUUUCCUAAAUAAGAUUCUCGAAACGUUAAUGCGCUUAUGAUUAUUUAUACAAUUAAAAACGAACUCGAAUCUGCGUCAUUUGCCGAAAACGAUGACAUCUAAAAGAUUUCUUUCGAAGAAUGUUCUAAGAAUCGCGCAUAGAUUUACUAUUUUACUCAUUAAGAGUAAAAGAACGUAUGUUACAUUUAUAUUUGUAGCUUAUUGUAUUCGUUAAUAACACAUGUAGUAGCUGAAUAUAUAAGGUGUCCCAUUUCCUACGAUCGUCCUGGAUAUCUGUGCUUUCGAAGAUUUCGAGGAAAUGUCGAUGGAAAAAAUUUAUUCGUUUCGUUGCACGUUUUAAGCUUUUAGGAUCAACAAUGGGACACCUUGUACUCACUCUUACCUAAUGAUCGAAGAGAAACACGGUAUUCGCGUUUGUUCUACUUACAUUUUAUCCAUUUGAAAAAAAGUAAGAUUAAAUUAAAUAUCGACACUGUCAUUUAUCAACUGCCAUUUUUUCUGCGUUAAAUUCGAUUAGUUUUCAUCGACUUACCAACGGUACUAAAUCUGUGAAACUUUUAUCAAACGAUAUAUACUGUAUUCUAAUAACCACGCGAUGUUUCGAGUUCAAAGUUUUUCUAUUUCGCAAAAUUGUUCAAGAUACGAAUCUUUUAUAGAUAUUUUAUAGAUAUCAGUUAACGUUUCUUUUCGAUCGUGUAGCCUAAAUCAAGCAUAAAUCAUCGUUUAUUACGGACUUGGACUAAUUUUAUUUAAAAUGAAAAUGAAAAACAUGUAUUUGAAAUAAUAUUUUAGUUCGUCGUUUACAGUAGGAAUUAAGUAUAUUUAUUAUAUUUCGUCAAAUUUCAAAACAACUAUUUUCAAGAAUAUUUUGUUAUUUAAAUUUACGUUACACAUCAAAAUGAAGUAACCGUGAAAUGAGAUACGUAAUUUAAUGUAGUAGUUUACGUAAUAUUAUUUCAAAAGUGUCCAGGUCUGGUCUAUUAUAAGAAUACGUCCGAUAUGUUAAAAAAGAAAAAUAGAAAAAAAAAUAUGGGAAAAAUUAUGAAAACCCGAGAACUGUAAAGACCGCCUGAGGUAAAAUCUGUACCUCUAAUGCUUCUGUUUCGAAGUCUCCUGAUUUCAUUGGACUGUUAAGUCUAAUGAAAUGAGAAGAAACAGAGAAAUGUGUUCAUAUUAGUUAAACAAAUGAAAAGAAACCUAUGAGGAAGACCAUUUACCGUAAAGAAAAACAAAGAAUACAAAUUGCCGCGUUACAUUGACAUAAUGCAAACCUCGUUAGAAAUGAUACUUUGGUUUCCAGAAUCGAGACGUUUGAUUUCGAUCAGAAAGUAUAAAUCGUCUGUCUUGUGAAUGUACAGUUGAGCGAACAAAGUUUCACGCAGAAAUGGGCAAAAUUUUAUUUGUUUUCUCGAAUAACGGAUGACGAAUGAAAUGAAUUUAUUCGCAAGGUUUAUUCGAUCGGACGGACUGUUAAUCUUUUAUUCGUUAUUCGAAAUUUGUAUCCAAAUAAGAAUUUUACCCGUCUCUGGUUUCACGUAUGAUAAUUUAUAUUGAUUAUCAAAGUCUCAGAGUGCACACGAGUACGACAACAGCAUGUUCCUUAGGAUUAAUGAAAUAGAGAAAAGAAAAGAAAACUGGAAAAGAUUAUUGUAAUCGCGUAUUUAGUGCAUCUUUCGUUCGACGAUUCGCGCAGGGAAUGCUCAAUGUUCGUCGUUUAUAAAUGUCUCGAAGCAAUGCCAAACAAAUAUAUAUAUAUUAAAUUUUAACGUACAAAACUUAACGAAAUACCUUGUACUUGAUCGCAAUAUCAGAUUCGUGACGAAGUUGCACUAAUUAUUGCGAGAAAAGAAUUGAAAUUCUAUCUCACAAUUCCAUAUAGAACGCCUUACGUUUUCGGCCCUACUUUUUAAUAAAGCGACGAAGAACUUUAAACGAAAGUACUUUAGAUCUGCGAAGUAGACAGAGUCGCUCUUAACGAAGACGGGGCUCGGAGCGAAAACUUGUUACGGGACCUCCUAGAACCACUAGAUCGAAAAAAAAAACAAUUUUACUUUUAUUUAUUCAUUCGUUCCGGUAACAAUUGUCGUGUUCCAAAAAAAAAAAAAAAAAAGAAAACAUGUAUGUACAGAAUGGUACCCCGAGAAGGAUAUACGCAGUUUUUUUGUUCUGUAUAAAUUGCGAAUAGUAUUAACAUUAUUAAUUCCGUUUCGGAAGACAUUACUUUGGUAGAUGAUAAACAUUUAAAAGAAGUGAUGCUCCAUACAAAAAUUUUACAGCAAAAAAUUUCCACUGUAGAAAAUGGUUGUUAAUGGGAUCCCACAUUAUUUUUGUACCGCGAGCGAAAAUAUAUUUAGUGACUGGGUCGCUUCGAGCAAACAAAAAAGUAUGAGGAAGUUACACAAAAAAAAAAAGAAACGAGUAUGUUAUAUUACUAUUAUUGCGUCUGUUAAUAUUAUAUUUCGAUAAAAUAGACACAAUAGACAAUUAAUGGUAUAGAGAAUAAUUAAAUCUAUAAAUUUUCAACUGUUUUUGUUAUACGAUCAAACUGUAUCUUCGAAUAAAAUUUGUUUCAAACCCA